AUGCCACAUGUAGUAUUGAACGAUGUCACAAAGCUCUCGCUGCUACGAACUCUGGAAAGCGAACAGUAUUUGACCAUGAGUUUCCGCUCGUGGGAUCUGUAUGAGUUUCCAUUAUUACAAAGCAUGACUAAACACUCGUGGGCCGUAAAAACGACGACACAACUUGAGAAACCGAGAUACGUCAUAUUUGCGCUACAGACUGCUCGAAGAAACGAUAUGUCAGCAGAUGUCACGCGAUUCGAUCACUGUCAGUUGACCAAUGUGAAACUUUAUCUCAAUUCUGAAUUCUAUCCUUAUGACGACUUGCAUUUAGAUUUUGAUAGAAAAAAAUAUGCCGUUCGGUACCAUAUGUACACACAUUUCCGUAAAGCGUAUUACGGAUGUGGUGUUGUCGUACCGUUUCUCACGAUUUCCAACUUUCUGCAAUGUGGUCCUUUAGUGGCCAUUGAUUUGCGUCAAAACGAGGCGGUCAAAAGUGCAGCCGUCGAUGUGCGAAUUGAAUUCGAUUGCAAAGAAAAUAUAUCAAAAAAUACUACAGCCUAUUGUCUCAUUUUGCACGAUCGUGUUAUUGAAUACAAUCCGUUAACCAACGUAGUGCGCAAAAUUACAUAA